AGUCAGUUCCUGGUUGUUUCAAACUGCGAGUGAUGGAUUUUUGAGGUUCAAGCGUCCGCCAUGUUGCCACAUCCCAGGUAGAUUUUAGUUGACAAAACGGAUAAGAUGGGUAUCCAACUCCUCAGGAUUACAGCCUUUCCGUCACCGAGAAUCCUAAUUAUCAAUCCAAAAGCCCCUCUAUCCCGAUUCGUCGGCCACAUUGAUUCUACUGGAAAAUCUACAUCCCAUCUUCUCUGCAAAACCCAAUACCACGAUUCUUCUUUAAAACCCAAAUCCCUGAACAGUUCCGCUACCGGAUUUCCUGCGUGCUUUCAUCGGAGCAGGAGACGCUUUAGAGGUGGAGUAGUGACCAUGGCUGCUGCCCCUGGCUCUGUUCAGAAAUCGGAGGAAGAGUGGCAGGCUAUUCUCUCCCCGGAGCAAUUCCGUAUUCUGCGCCAGAAAGGAACCGAGUUCCCAGGCACUGGGGAAUAUGACAAGUUUUUUGGCGAGGGGAUCUAUAACUGUGCAGGUUGUGGGACACCCCUCUAUAAAUCCACCACAAAAUUUAAUUCUGGCUGUGGCUGGCCAGCUUUCUUUGAGGGUCUCCCUGGAGCCAUAAAUCGCACGCCUGACCCAGAUGGGAGGAGAAUCGAAAUUACAUGUGCAGCUUGUGGUGGGCACCUUGGUCAUGUAUUUAAAGGCGAGGGUUUCCCUACGCCAACUGAUGAACGCCAUUGUGUUAACAGCAUUUCAAUCAAGUUUGUUCCAGCAUCAUCAGAAUGAAGAUUAUUGUGAUGGUUGUUCUAAAAUAAAGAAUAAUAAUACCUGCCUUGACAUAGUUAUCUUAUGCAGAUUGAAUGUUUAAAAGGAUCAUGAGUUAUCUUGUUUUCCUUCUAUUCUUUUGAAGUAAAUGUGUGUUCACAGACAA